UUAUAUACGUCCACUUCCUUUUCGUCUAUGCCCACCUCACAUUAUUCAUAUUCAGAUGUUGUACGCGUAUCCAUUAAUGCACCGUCUAUGUAUAAUAAAGUUACCAAAGAUAUACAAAAAUAUAACAAAGGAGUCCGUGCAGCAGUUAAACUUCGUGGAAUGAAAAAUAUGUGGGAGAAAGCACGAAAUAUGAUUCAAGAAAAAAAAUAUUUAUUUAUAGCUGUUGAUGUUGAAAGUUAUGAACGAGAUCAUUCUUGUAUCUUGGAAGUUGGAUGGAGUAUGUACGAUUCUAAGAAAGAUUUAAUCAUGGAUCGGCAUUUCUGCGUGACUGAUUAUAGACAUCUGAGAAAUGGACAAUUCGUUCCAGACAUGAAAGAUCGAUUCACCUUUGGAACCACAGUAUGGGCAGAUCAGAAAACGAUCAAAGAUGAAUUCAUGAAAGAUCUAGAAUCACAAAAAGGAAAUGUAGUUCUUGUAGGACAUGAUAUCAAGACGGAUGUAAAGUAUAUAGAAAGCAUGGGAAUGGAUGUUUCUAGUGUGAUAGAAAGAUUCGAUACCGCUGAUAUGAAUGCCGCAAGGGUUGGGAAACCGAAUGAACGAAUUAACCUUGGAAGAUUGUUAGAUGAACUGGAUAUUGAAAAUUACA